AUGGUUGGAAAGCUUCGAAUUAACGUUUCAUCUUUAGAACUUCAAGAGAGACAUAGAUCAGGGUUAGGAAAAAUUGAAGCAAGUUUGGCUAGAGCCAGGCUAGCCAUUAAAGAAGCUGGAAGAGUCCAGAAUCUGACAUCAACCUAUGACGACCCUGAAUAUGUUCCUCGGGGCCCAAUAUAUAGGAAUGCAAAUGCUUUUCAUAGGAGUUAUUUGGAGAUGGAAAGGGUUUUCAAGAUAUACGUAUAUGAAGAAGGAGAGGCGCCGUUGGUUCAUUAUGGGCCAUGCAAGAGUAUAUAUUCGACGGAGGGAAGCUUCAUUCAUGAGAUUGAAAUGGGAAAUAUGUAUAGAACCAGAGAUUCCGGUGAGGCUCACGUGUAUUUCCUUCCGUUUAGUGUGGUGGAGAUGGUGAAGUACCUCUUUGUGCUCAACUCCCAUGAUAUGAGUCCCAUCGGAGAUGCUAUCGCCGACUACGUCCACGUCAUCGCCAAUGCACAUCCCUUUUGGAAUCGAAGCCUUGGUGCCGAUCAUGUCAUGCUCUCCUGCCAUGAUUGGGGGCCUUAUACAUCUUCAUUUGCUCCCAACUUAUACAACAACUCCAUAAGAGUAUUGUGUAAUGCAAAUACAUCCGAAGGAUUCAUCCCAUCCAAAGACGUUUCAUAUCCAGAAAUCCAUCUCAUAACGGGGGAACUACUCAAGGGACUUCUCGGCGGACCCUCGGCCUCCCGCCGACACAUUCUAGCCUUCUUCGCCGGCGGCCUGCACGGCCAAAUCAGACAUGUUCUUAUGGAGCACUGGAAAGACAAAGACAAAGAUGUGCAGGUCUAUGAACAUGUUCCAAAGGGAGUAGACUACAACUCAAUGCUGAAGAAGAGCAAGUUCUGCCUAUGCCCUAGCGGGUAUGAAGUGGCAAGCCCUAGAGUUGUGGAAGCAAUCUACGCCGAGUGUGUGCCGGUGCUGAUUUCCGACAGCUAUGUUCCUCCGUUCAGCGAUGUUCUCGACUGGGAUUCAUUUUCCGUCCAAGUGAAAGUGGAUGAUAUUCCGAACAUCAAGAAGAUACUCAUGGGAAUCUCUCCAAAUCAAUACAAGAGGCUGCAAAGGAGGGUGAAGCAGGUGCAGAGGCAUUUUGUGGUGAAUGGGCCUCCAAAAAGAUUUGAUAUCUUUCACAUGACUGUUCACUCUAUUUGGCUUAGGAGGUUGAACAUCCGCUUGUAA